UCCUUGGGAAAGAGGUGAGUCUGCUGAGAAGGAGGACGAGGGUGCGUGGCUCUGCAAUGUGCAAUGGGAAGGAGCACUUUCAGGUGGCAGCGCUGCGAUCCCCUCCUCGAAUCCAAAAGGGUUCCCAGUUCCCUGCUGCCCAUUGCAGGGGAACUGGCCGCCGCCAGAAACGCAGCUCUGAAAUUUGCCUUGGGGAAUCAGGCUAAUGGGCAGCAGUGGCUGGAAAGGAGGGACAUUUCAUGACUCCCGCUCGUCUCGUCUCCUGGGCAUAGAAAAGGCUUAGGCGGUGGCAGCAAAGUGUUUAUCAAAGUUACCCCAAGCCACAACGUGGCCUCGAGGCUACCCCCCAAGCAGAAGCAGCCGAGCUGGAAGCAAAGCAAGUGCAGCGGCAUCUCUAAUCCCACAGCCCCCUCUGCAACUCCUCCAGUGUCUUUGUCGGAUUAUUUGGACACUUACAAGCUAAAGGCUCACUGGAGAAGAGCCUAAUGCUGGGAAAGAUUGAGGGCAAAAGAAGAACGGGACGACAGAGAAAGAGGUGGCUGGAUGGAGUCAGUGAAGCAGUAGGCAUGAGUUUAAAUGGACUCCAGAGGAUGGUAGAGGACAGGAAGGCCUGGAGGAAUGUUGUCCAUGGGGUCGCGAUGGGUCGGACACGACUUCGCAAUUAACAACAACAACUACAAAGCUAAAGGCGCUGCUGUCUCACGUCAGGCCAACACAAAAGAAGUGGGCGUUCCAGUGAACCUGCGGGCAGAUGCCGUGGUGCAAUGUUUGCUUGGAUCCCAGCAGCUCCAGGCCGCCUGGGCCGCCUUCCUUUCAACUCAACCAGGAGUCCGAGGAAAAGGGAACCUCCGUAGAGAAGGGGGAGGGUGGUGCAGAAGAGAAGGCGGGAGCGGAGGACGAGGUUCAGGAUACUCUGCCCAGCAGCAGGUCGGACAAGGAGGUGAGGCUGAGGAAGGCUGGAGUCGCCUCGAUGAAGAGGGCAGAAGAACCACCUUCCAAUUCUUAGAACAGAAAUAUGGCAAUUUCCAUUGCAAUGACUAUAAAACCAGAUGGGAAAGUGCCUAUGUAUGGUGCAUUUCUGGAACCAAUAAGGUAUAUUUUAAGCAGCUUUGUCGCAAGUGCCAAAAGAGCUUUAAUCCCUAUAAAGUAGAAGCAAUUCAAUGCCAAAUCUGUUCAAAGACUCGUUGCUCCUGUCCUCAGAAAAAAAGGCACAUUGACCUCAAGAGACCCCACCGGCAAGAACUAUGUGGCCGCUGUAAAGGCAAAAGAUUAUCUUGCGACAACACCUACAGCUUCAAAUACAUAGUUUGAUCUGUGCAGUUUGUGUGCUGAAGUUGCAUUUAGCUAUGCACUUUGUUUCAUAAUAUGGAUUUGACUUUAGGAUUCUGACCUGGCAAUGGAUAACGGACUAAAGAUGUUUGCAAUGCUGAGAUAUAUUUGUACCGUAUAUACUCGAGUAUAAGCCGAGUUUUUCAGCACGUUUUUUGUGCUGAAAAGCGCCCCCUCGGCUUAUACUCGAGCCAAGCCGUUCAGCCCUUCCUCUUGCAGCGAGUCCUUUCUACCGCAGGCAGCUAGCUCUCGUUAGUGCGCGCGCAUGCGUACUUAUUCCUAU